GUCACGCAAUGCAUGCAUGUCGCGUUGAAUAUUUCACGUAAAGUUCACGACUUUGUGUACUUAAUUUUCAUAUCAUAAAUAGUUAAGGCAUUCACACGUUCACGGCUAAUGCGUCCGAGCAAUGAUAUAAUGAUAUAUAAAAAGAAUGGCAUAUAUAUUUUUAGAAAUCGUAUCUACUCGGUUUUCUGAAUUAAACGCGGCAUCAUUUUUAUGAAGAUUAUGCUGACUAGUGCAGCCAAAGAAUAUUCAUUUCCAUCCACACCAGUUAAUUCAGUUUGUAUAUAGUUUAUAUAAGAAUUGUUGAUAUAUAUGCAUAGUCUCUUAAAUCAUAUUAAUCGUUGAUUCAUUGACUCACCUAUUUAUUCAUUUGCUACGAUCAUCAACAAUUGAUCGAUUAAAUUCUCACAACGAGCCAUCGAGUUGUCAUCUGUUCACAAUUAUAAAAUCACUAUAAUAAAAGAGGACAGAAUAUCAUAAUCUUCGAAAUAUUGGGCGUUCGUUAUCGUCUUUGACCGCGUGGAAUGCUUCCGUACAUGCGACGAGCAAGCACCGUCCCGAUUACAACGAAACGUCAUAGAAUGAGGAACCGGUUACAGUGUAAGAAGCGACCUCGCAGUUUGGAAUUUCAUGGUAACCGCACGCAGUCUUGCUUGGACUGUGGCUUUGUGAACGUCAAGAGCUGUUUGUUCUCCUUUCACGUCUCGUCUUCCGGAAGCAUUAUAGAAAAAUGGUGUGCGCCUGCCUCGUCACGAUCUUACUUGUUCUCUACAUGCUCUUUGACGUAAAUUAUUUCCUCAGGAUCUUGUUUACGUUAGGUUCGAGCAGGCUGUUACAGAAGAAAAAGAAGAUUUUCGAUACUACUACUAUCUAUGGUAUAUGUACAACACAAGAUGUGGAUUUGUUUUUGAAGCACAUGAAUAAUGCCAGAUACCUUCGUGAACUGGACUUCGCACGUUUCCACUAUUACGAUCGCAGUGGAAUUUACGCAGCCAUUGCAAAAAGAGGCGGAGGUGCAGUGCAAGGAGCUUCGUCGACUCGGUAUCGUCGAGCCAUUCCCAUCUUUACGCCUUAUAAAGUUACCACGAAGCUAAUAUAUUGGGAAGAUAAGCACUUCUAUCUGGAACACGAGUUCAUUAGUUUGACGGACAACUUCGUACGUGCAGUUGUUCUUAGCAGACAAACUGUCACAGGUUUGAAGAUUCCAGUUACAGAAAUAAUCGCUGAAAUCGAACCAAACGCGCAACGGCCCGCGUUGACCAAGGAUUUAGAAUUAUGGCUCAGUUCUAUGGAAGAGUCUUCUCAGAGAUAUAAGAAGGAUAAUUGAAGACGAUCUUCUUCGUUUUACACCCUUGUUGCUCAAUGUGUACUUUAUACGUUUUUGAUGUUAUUUUGAAUUAAGGUGUUUUGAAUAAACAAAUUUCUCUGUUAACGA